AUGAGCAACUGCCCCCUCUGUGAUCCAUCCGGGUCUAUAGCGGGAUUGAUCGGGCCUCAAUUCUGCGCAGCCGAAUCAGGACCGGCAUCAUCUCCUUUGAACCCUCAAGCCUCAGAAUUUCAGCCCCCAGCUUCCUCCCCAAGGGUUGCCUUUUUGCCUCGGUCAUCGGGAGGUGCCCCAGGCUCUUGGUCAAACACACGGCCUCCAGAAGGGGGACACGCAUCUGAAGAGAUACAGCCCCCAGAAGAGGGACGCGCAUCAGAGGAAACACAGUCUCCAGGGGAGGGCCAUGGAUCUGAAGAGAGAUAUGCAUCUCAAGAAACACAGUCCCCCAGAAAGAGACACGCAUCUGAAGACACAGGGUGUCCGAAAAAGAGGCAGUCGCUUUCCCCACCCCUUCAAAAGACUACGUCACGUGGAGGCAGCAAUUCUCCUGAACCAGCACACUCAGUCCGAGGAGGCACUUCAGCACCGGUGGCGGCUCCAACACCCGAUGUUGUCGCACGACCUCCUGUGGACGAAGAGAUCCACGAGACUGGUUUAGAUCAAAACCCACCCGUCUCACCCAAAAUCCAAUCUCAUGAUCCAUCUCCCCCUUUAGACCAGGAUCAGGAGAAGAAGCCGGACAAGAAACCAGGGCCGAGUUGGGCAAAUGUUGCUCAAAUUACCAAAAAGGAAACAAACCAGUCCCACCUGAAAAUAAACAUGAGAUCUGCGAAACCAAAGAAGCCACCCGAGGACCCAGACUGGCCCUCCACAAAACCCAAGGGCUUUGGCGGCGAGACAAAAUAG